AUGCAAAACUUAUAACAAAUAAUUAAUGAUUCGAAGGUGAUUAAUUCAAAAUAAGAGAUCUUAAAUUAUGUUAAAUAACACAAGAUAUACUUUCCUACUAAUUUAGAAUCUAAACUUUUAAAAUGGAAUAGCAAACCAUUGAUUAUAUAAGAAACAAAUCAAUUAGAAGUAAGUUUUGGAGUUUUCUUUUGUUAAGUGAUAAAAUUAUCAUAGUAAUAAUCUGUAGGUGAAGACUAUACCUACUUUCAUUAAAAUUAAUAGUUAAACGAUAUCAAUCAAAAUUAAUAUAUAAAACUUUGUCAAGAUUUUUUCCCAAAUAUAUAAUAAGGCUUUCCUCGAAAUAUUAAUAAUUCUAAAAUUUUUGAUAAAUAAUUAUUUUAAUGUUUUUCUCUAGAAAAACAUUUAAUUGGAGAGCAGCCUUAAUAAUUUUAAAAUCGAUAAUAUAUUUCACUUAAAAAUCAAAGUGAAGAGAAAUUAAACUAUAAAAUUUUGGUAUAUCAACGCCCUCAUGAAUAUGGCCCUAAAGUACACAUUAUAUUUUCAACAAACAAUGAUAUUGAUAUUCUAACCAAUAAAAUUUUUUCCAAUAUUCCUCAAUUUCCUUAAAAUUAUGCCAAAACCUAAUCCACAUUAUAACCAAGACCUGAUGUUAAUAAAAGCAAUCCUAAUACCUAGUAUAAAGAUUAAGGACCUCAAAAAUUUCCUUUUAGGCCUGGUAAUUGCUUCCAAACCUAGAUUGGGUCUGGAAUUCCGUCCAAUCCCAUUAAUCAAAUUCAAAAAAAUAAUCCAAUAUAUAAGAACUCUAGUAAUAUUAAUUUAGUACCAAAUUAAAAGUAUAAAGUAAAAUAAUAAUAAAUAUAAUAAUAAUAGGAAUAAUGUUAAAAAAAUAUGUAGAACUAACCAAUUCAGGGAUGUAUAACCUCAACAGCUAACCUUUCAGUUAAUGAUAAUUAUUGGCGAUAAACACCAACAAUUAUGGAUACCCAAAUUGAAAAAUAAGAAUAUUAACAAAUUAACAAAAAAUUAUUUUAUUGA